AUUGACUUUUCAUAGAAAUAAGGAAAAUACCUAACUCGACUUGAGAUCACUAAAUUUAAUAUCCUACAAACUUUCCAUGCACCAUGUCCAAAACAAUCCUCUCCAUAAACGCCGGAAGUUCCUCCGUCAAAAUCUCCAUCUACACAACAACCCUCUCUCAAAACCCCCAAGAAGCCGCCGAAAUCCAACUCGACAACCUAACCUCACCCCCCGUCCAACUAAAAUACACGCGAGGCAACACCUCAAUCGCUAAAGACCAAAAAAUCGAGGAUCAAAAAAUCACCACGCAAAAUGAGGCUUUUCAAUACAUGUUAAACGUCCUUAUCGACGACAAGGACCUGCCCCAAAUCAGCAAGAAAGAAGAUAUCACCAUAGCCUGUCACAGAGUAGUCCACGGCGGCUACUACGACACACCGAAAAUCAUAAACGAGGAGACGUAUCGUCAUAUCGAGGAACUCACAGAUCUCGCACCUUUACACAAUGCCGCCGCGUUGGAAAUCGUAAAGUUUUGUAUCAAGGAAGUGAAGAGUACGAAGAAUGUAGCGGUUUUCGAUUCGCAGUUCCAUCAGACCAUUCCGGAGCAUAUUAGGACGUAUCCGAUCAACCAGAAGAUCGCGAAGGCGAAUAAAUUGAGGAAGUAUGGGUUUCAUGGGAUUAGUUAUUCGUUUAUUACGCGAAGUGUGGCGGAGUUUUUGGGGAAGAACGAGGGGGAGACGAGUUUGAUUGUUUUGCAUCUGGGGAGUGGUGCUAGUGCUUGUGCGAUUAAGGGGGGGAAGAGUUGGGAUACUAGUAUGGGACUGACUCCUUUGGCUGGUCUUCCUGGUGCUACGAGGAGUGGAAGUGUGGAUCCUAGGUAAGAACUAUCAUCUCGCAUCUCGAUUUACAUACUGAAACUGAUUUUUGAAUAGUCUGGUAUUUCACUAUGCUUCAGACGUUGGGAAACUUGCUCCAGGCUCUACCAAAGAUCUCCAUAUCUCCCAAGCAGAACAAAUCCUCAACAAAGAAAGUGGAUGGAAAGCACUCACGGGAACGACGAACUUUGGAGAAAUAGCUUCAUCAUCUGACCCAGAGAAGAAACUUGCCUUUGACAUUUUCGUUGAUCGAAUUUGUAGUUACAUUGGAAGUUACUAUGUGACCCUCCACGGAAAAAUGGACGCUUUGGUAUUUGCAGGAGGAAUUGGAGAGAAGAGCUAUUUGUUGAGGAGGAGAGUGACGGAAGAGUGCGAAUGCUUGGGCUUCGUUAUCGAUGAAAAGAAGAAUGGUAAGAAGAUAGAAGAGCUCGUACAAGACGUUGGCAAGGAAGGAGCGAAGCAUAGGACGUUGGUUUGUCAGACCAAUGAGCAGUUUGAGAUGGCAAGAUAUUGUGCUAUGGAUGAAAAGCUUUUCAAUUGAAAAUCCUCCAAAAAGAAGGAAAACCUUAUUGAUAAUUUAACAAGUUCAUCAUUACUCAAGCAUUCGCCUUCUGAGGAUAAUAAAAGGCGCCAUCAAUAGUCGUUGUUCAAUUCUAGCUUCAUAUGGCAAGUGAAGCGGUUAUAGUAACCAGUCUG